CAACUCCAUAACACAACAACAGGCAGCACGAAGCACGAAACACCAUAAAGGGCACAAAAUUUUAAAUUCGGACCAGCACUUCCACUCCUCACCCUUGCCGACCUCAUUCACACCCACGCUGCUACUAGUACAUGUAGCUAGACUAGUGGAUACGAUAGCCUCAGAAGGCACCUGCUCGUCACAAGCCAACUUUACCAUGUCGUCCAUCGAAGAGCCCAAUCGCAAGAAGCCAAAGCUGUCGCCUGACUUUGUCGAAGACGGCAAUCGCCAAGCGGAAGAACAGCACCAGGAGGAUUCCGCCGAGACCAUCCACACGCCUCCAGCUGAAUAUUCCAACAAGGCAUCGAUGAUUGAUCCAUCCGUCCUCGCCCGCGCUGCAUUGGACAAGUACAAGAGCGCCCUCCUGGAUUGCAAGGAUGCCCUUGCACAAAUGGAACAAGCUGGCGACCAUCAACGGGCGGACCAAUGCCGCAAGGAAAUGGCAGCGGAGAUGACCGAGCAUGUGGUUUCUCCAGCUCAAUUCUUUCGCUAUAAUCUCCCCGAACGCUUUGAGCGAGAAAGCGACUAUAAUGAGCUGAACCAGCAGUUGGAAGAAAUGGAUCACGCAGUCAAGAAAACACACGAGGAACGAAACGCCAGACGCAAGGAGGCCUUCUCGGUGCUUCUGAACCAAAAGGAGCUUUGGAUUGAAGGCAUCUUUUCCUUCUUGGGAAUGGGACACUAUGCUUUUGUGGCUCCUGUCAGCAAACGCAUCAGUCGGCUUUACAAAAAAAGUUUUGUAAGAAACAGAAAAAUCCUCCCAUGGUCUGCAUUCAUCCAGGGAGUGUUGAAUUUCCUGCAACAACCAAAGUUACCUUCUACUCUGCGGCGUUCCACAAUCUGGCAUGUGCAGAAAUUUGGAAGAGAGACAACGCAGAAGACAAAACCCCACUGUCACCUGAGGUUUGUAGAGCCGUUGCCGGGGCUGGAAGUAUCGCUGUUCUUCAAUGGGCUCUUGCGAAUGGAUUCUCAUUGGGGGGCGACUCGAAUCGCUGGAUCUGUACUGCUGCUGCCCAACACGGGCAUUUGCAUGUUCUAAAAUGGUUGCAUGAAGAAAAGGGAUGCCCUUUGAAUGAAUAUGUAUGGCAAUUUGCUGCUCUAGGUGGACAGCUUGCAGUAUUGAAAUGGCUGCAUUCGAAGAAGCAAGAGGAUCAGCGAUGGAUCGAUAUUUGGUGCGCUGAUGAGGCUCAGGCAGGGGGUCACGAUAAAGUGAUUCGGUGGUUACGUGACAUCAAGGAUGCCCCAUAGUAAUAACCCAUGUGCCAGUGCCGGUGUCGGGUUCACGAGGUUUCUAGAAUAUACAAACACAGAAGUCAUCAAUUGAGUAGUAAAAGACUAAAACAUCCACCCGUAGAAACCCAGAUCUGAUCGUUGCGUUGUUGCUCGUGCGUUCUCUUCAUCCAACAAAUUCCGUGGAGCAGAGGGAGCUUCGUGUUAGCAGCAUUCUUCGUCUUUUGCUACGGUACUAGUACAUGUAUAGUUCAGCAGGUCUUCGUUUGUAUCUGUCAGCAAGCAGGCAAAUCAUCGAUGGAAGGAACACUACUGGAAGAAUAUCCAGAGGAACCAAGCUUUCGAUGUCUCGUUUGCAGAAUUCUAUAACUGGAAGGAAGUGUUCACUUGCCCGUGCCCGGAACAACACAUCUGGACCAACAUCAGGCCCGAAUCCUGGACUUAAGCCGUGCUUGUCACCAGCACCCAACCCAUGGCCAGGACAUGCAAGCCCGCCCCAUAAGCUACCUUACACCUGGUCCGACCAGCCAGUAUCGGUAUUGGAGGCUCCGCACCCGCACUAGACUAACCUCCACUCCUGGACUUACCGUACGCACCUGGACAUCAAGACCCAGGCGACACUCCUGGUCCAAAAACUGGACCGCCCCAGACUCACUCCUGGACAAUAUCAACGCCAUCUCCCAGACCAAUUCCUGGACCGUCCUGACCAAGUCCUGGACGUGCACCUACUACUAACCCAGCCAUCAAGCCCAUCACUCAGACCAGCAGCUGUCCCAUGGGCAUCGCCUGGACCUCACAAACUGGCACGUGGCGAUUCGAUUGAAUCAAGCUAAAAAUGGGUAGUUAAGGUAAACAUACGGGGUUGAAGCUUGUAAUUGCUAAUAUUGUUUAAAACUAUUUUUGAUGAAACA